UUGUACUGAAAUUCUUAAGCGGAAGUGGUUAUAUUUGUCCAAGUGUGCUUGACGGCAAUCUCAUCAACCUGCCGCAUCUAUUUCGAACGUCUGCAAAUAAAAGCAGCGGAGGAACAAAGACAUCGCUCGUAUUAUCACACUUCAAACAGAUUGCAUGAUGAUGGAGAAAUCCAACAGCCAAUAUGAGUCCUUCCUUUUCUGGAGGCAGCCCAUUCCGCCUCUUGACCUGGACGAGCUGGAGGACGUCGGCUUCAACUGUCCUCACCGAGGCCAAAACAGCAUGGGGCCGGAAGAUGAGGAGGAGCUGAGCCAGUUCUCAUCCUUCAAUUACUGGAGGGCUCCCAUCGCCAGCGUGGAUGCUCUGCUAGACGACCUCAACCUGCUACUGUGAAAUCCCACUGGCCAUGUUUUGCUUUCGCAUGCUACGUGACCACACGCUUAAGAAAGGUUGAUCUUGAUUUGCACAACAUUCUUAAUAUUUUAUAAAUCAAGAAUGACGAGCAACUAGUUGCAAUAUUUGUGUCUCUUUGUUGCUGGUAUGUCUAAUUUAUUUCAAGCUGCUUAUUUGGUGUUUCACUAUGAGCAGGCCUCACCAUGAAGCCAAUGGACACAAAAACACGGAAUGUACCAAAGUCUGGCAACAAUAAAUAUUUUCUUUCAUU